AGAUUGGUUUAAAAUUUUGUAUUGUAUUGCUAGCAAAAUAGUGUAAUCAGUCACCAUGCUGUUCCACUCCACUUAUCAAACUGUGUCGCGUGUUGGUUGAAUCACAUUCAAUCUAGAUAAGAGGCGGGUGUGUCUCCAUCUUUUUCCGACCCCCUGGCUCGGACUUUACUGCCAAAUAGCCGCAAACUACAUUUAAUGAGUCAUAUUUUAAUGUGAUAAAACGCACACAGGGAAAAACAGUUCGAAAUGCCACCCUUUUGCUGUGGUGGUCGGCGCUGUGCCAAGGACUUGGAGUUGGAAAAGUCGAACGAAGGCGGCCGCGAAUCACUGAAGGAUACCAUAUACACGACCGCCUCGGAAUAUGAGCGUCCAUUGUCCCUGAAGUUUUAUGCCCGUCACGACUGGCCGUAUUUUAACUGCACGAGUCAGGAGGUGCGUCGCAUACGCGAGAAGCUCGACCCGGCGUCGCUGCAAAAUGAGCGGAAAAUAGCUAGCUAUGAUGAGGGAGUGGAGGAAAAGUUCGAGAUGAAACACGGCACGCCGCAACCGAUGACGGUCAACCAGAUCUACGGCUGGUACUCGGACAGGGCUUACCGCUAUCUGAAACGAGACCGCGGCACUUUCGUUUUCCCCCACGAGAACGAUCCAAUGAUUGAGCAAAUUUUGAGAAACAAACUCAAACGCUAGACCAUUUUGCAGUUCAAUUCUUUAAGAUUCCAAGUUAUUACAAAUUUAAGUCAGUUUAGAUCAAAUAUAAUUCCAACAGCAAAAAAUAGAUGGCUUUAAAUGGGU